AUGUGCCAGAAUCCUGGUUGCACGAAGAUAGCCCAAAGCAAGGGGUUGUGCUGGAAGCAUGGAGGCCACAGACCGUGCUCGGAAUCAGGUUGUACGAAAUGCGCGACGGCAAAGGGCAAGUGCGACAAGCACGGUGGAGUCAAGGAAUGCUCACAGCCUGACUGUCUGGCAAAUGCCUACAGAAGAGGGAAGUGCUGUAAACACGGUGGUAAAAGCCUUUGCACGGACCCCAAUUGCACGAGCUACGCAAAGUCAAGCGGCAAGUGCCUCAGACAUGGGGGUGGCAAGCGCUGCUCUUACUCUGGUUGCCUGAAUUGGGCUAUAGCAAAAGGCAAGUGUGGCAAACAUGGUGGAGGCACUCGAUGCUCGGAGCCUGGGUGUACCAAGCAGCAGCAAGGAAGCGGUGGCAAGUGUUUCAAGCAUGGUGGAGGCACCCGAUGCUCGGAGCCUGGAUGUACCAAGCAGCAGCAAGGAAGCGGUGGCAAGUGCAAAGCGCACGGAGGUGGGGCGCAAUGCUCCUACGCAGACAGUCUGAGGCGUGUCUUUAUACGAGGGAAGUGCUCUAAGCACAGCCGCAGCGAGCUAUGGUCUAUUGGUGGAUGUCGUAAAGCCGCUCGAGGGAAUGGUGUAUGCAUCGCGCACCAGAUGACGUGCGACGAAGGGCUCGAUCAAGGGUAA